AUGAGCGGCGCGGCGCGCGGGCCAGCCCGGCUCGCGGCGCUGGCCCUGCUGACCUGCAGCCUGUGGCCGACGCGAGCGGACAACGCGAGCCAGGAGUACUACACGGCGCUCAUCAACGUGACGGUGCAGGAGCCCGGCCGCGGCACCCCUCUCACGUUCCGCAUCGACCGCGGGCGCUACGGGCUCGACUCACCCAAGGCCGAGGUCCGCGGCCAGGUGCUGGCACCGCUGCCCAUCCACGGAGUUGCUGAUCAUCUGGGCUGUGACCCUCAAACACGGUUCUUUGUCCCUCCUAAUAUCAAACAGUGGAUCGCCUUGCUCCAAAGAGGAAAUUGCACCUUUAAAGAAAAAAUAUCACGGGCUGCUUUUCACAAUGCGGUUGCUGUAGUCAUCUACAAUAAUAAAUCCAAAGAGGAGCCAGUCACCAUGACUCAUCCAGGCACGGGAGAUAUUAUUGCUGUCAUGAUAACAGAAUUGAGGGGUAAGGAUAUUUUGAGUUAUCUGGAGAAAAACAUCUCUGUACAAAUGACAAUAGCUGUUGGAACUCGAAUGCCGCCAAAGAACUUCAGCCGUGGCUCUCUAGUCUUCGUGACAAUAUCCUUUAUUGUUUUGAUGAUUAUUUCUUCAGCGUGGCUCAUAUUCUACUUCAUUCAGAAGAUCAGGUAUACAAAUGCUCGCGACAGGAACCAGCGUCGUCUUGGAGACGCAGCCAAGAAAGCCAUCAGUAAAUUGACAACUAGAACAGUGAAAAAGGGCGAUAAGGAAACAGACCCAGACUUCGAUCACUGUGCAGUCUGCAUAGAGAGCUAUAAGCAGAAUGAUGUUGUUCGGGUUCUCCCCUGCAAGCAUGUUUUCCACAAAUCCUGUGUGGAUCCCUGGCUCAGUGAACACUGUACCUGUCCUAUGUGCAAACUUAAUAUUUUGAAAGCCCUAGGAAUUGUGCCAAAUCUGCCAUGUACUGAUAAUGUAGCGUUUGAUAUGGAAAGGCUCACCAGAACCCAGGCAGUUAACCGAAGAUCAGCCCUUGGUGACCUUGCCAAUGACAGUUCCCUUGGCCUUGAGCCACUGAGAACUUCGGGGAUAUCGCCUCUUCCUCAAGAUGGGGAGCUCACUCCUCGAACGGGUGAAAUCAACAUUGCAGUAACAAAAGAAUGGUUUAUUAUUGCCAGUUUUGGCCUCCUCAGUGCUCUCACACUCUGCUACAUGAUCAUCAGAGCCACAGCUAGCUUGAAUGCUAAUGAGGUAGAAUGGUUUUGAAGAAGGAAAACACUGCUUUCUGACUGAUUGCCUUGAAGGAAAAAAGAACCUAUUUUUGUGCAUCAUUUACCAAUCAUGCCACACAAGCGUUUAUUUUUAGUACAUUUUAUUUUUUCAUAAAAUUGCUAAUGCCAAAGCUUUGUAUUAAAAUAAAUAAAUAAUAAAAUAAAAGUACCGUGUUGCUAAGUAUCCUU